GUUCAGCUUGACGAAAGUAAACUGAGUUAUAAAUUGCCAGUUUCAAAGUUAUUGGCUAUCACUCGAAUCGCUUGACAGACACUCUCCGAUUCACGAGGUAAAAUUGAGUUGAAAAUGAGACCCGAUUUGUUUAUGAUGAUGUUGGCAAUCUCUGUGUCAUGCGUUAGCUUUGGAUCAAUCACGGCGACGCCUGUCUUGACGCGCGACACUUUCGAAGCCGGUGAUCCAAUCUCAGAGAAAGAAUUGAGUGACGCCAUUUUUAACAAAGCCGCUGGGUUCGACUCGGAUGCUUUCAUUCCGUGGGACCAACAACAUCCUGAGCUUUUUGAAGGUGACAUCGUACCAACGGGCAAGAAAAACGCCAUCAUCAGUACCUAUCGAUUUUGGCCAAGUGCAAAGAUUCCCUACGUUAUUUCAGCGAGUUACACUGCCGCCCAACGAAAGGUCAUCGCCUACGCUAUGAACGAGUACCGGACAAAAACCUGCAUUCGUUUUGUUCCUCGAACUAAUGAUACCAACUACCUUCAGAUCACGAAGACUGACACCGGGUGCUGGAGCAGCGUAGGUAGAAAUGGUGGCGUGGCGGCCUAUGCUGGCCCCCAAAAGUUGAGUCUCGACGACGGCUGCGUCGCAAGCGACAGGCCUGGUGUCACCAUGCACGAGCUGAUGCACGCCAUUGGAUUUUGGCACGAACACACGCGUCCGGAUCGUGACACCUACGUGUCCGUCAAUUUGGACAACGUCAAGGAAAAAUACAGAAACAACUUCAUUAAAAAAUCGGAAGGGCAAGCCAACACUCUCGGACUGCCAUACGAUUACGGUUCCGUCAUGCACUACCCAAAGGGAGCCUUUGCAAUCAAUCCUAGCAUCCCUGUCAUCAAGGCACUAAAAGGAAACCCAGCUAUAGGACAAAGAGCGGCAUUUAGCGCGCUCGACUUGAAGAAAAUUAACAAGUUGUACAAAUGUGCGCCCAAAUAGUCUCCCUGAUUACUGGAUUCUUUAACAUUGGCUUUUAGAAAAUUGGCUGCUGGCAACGAUGCUAUCCGCCUUCAGACGACGCCUUUAAGGUGAUCCUCAAAUGUCAAUUCUAUCCCAUUUAACCAAUAUGGCGUAUUAGUAUUACACAUCGUUUGUUCAGCAGCA